AUGACUGAGAUUGAAGAACUUAUUCGAAAGUUUAAUGAUUUAGUGGCAAAUCUUGUUUCUAAAAAUGCCAAUGAUGUCAAUAAAUUGGUUGAAAAAUUGAACACCACCAUUACUCAAUGCUCAUUACAAUUAAAUGUUCUGACAAAAAUCCCGUUUUCUACUGAACAGACAUUGUUAUCGAUUAAAAAACUGUUACUGUUUUCUUCUUCACUUUCUUCUUCUUCUUCUAUAAUUGAAAAUUUAGAUUAUGAUACAUUAUCAGAAUUUUUAAAUAUUUUGAUUAAUUUGACUUCAUUUGAAGAUAUUUUAAAAAUUUUCAAUAUUGGAGAUUUACAAAUGGCAUUAAAAUCUGGUACAGUUCCUUUAAUUCAAUCUGCAUGUUUAAUUAUAUCAAAUUCCUAUCCAAAAGGAAUCUUUGCUUCUACAAUAAUAUUUGAUAUUCUGUUAGAUUUAUAUUUUAAUGAAGACAUAUCGAUUAGUAUAAUUAAUGAGAUUGAUAAAAUUUGGGUGAGAUUACUGUCUGAUCAAUUAAUAAGAGAUAACAUAUUAAAAAAUAACUAUAAAUUGUUAGAGGUAAUCAAGAAAAAUUUGAAGCCAACCCCUACAGUUAGAUUAUUAAAUUUAUUAAACAUUUUACUAGAAAAUAUGCAUUCACAAAAUGAAUUUAAUUCCAAUAUAUUUAUUUUCUCCAAUGAUACAAUAUUAAAAAUCCUUCAUGACGAUAUUUUAUUGUUCUUGCAUAUAAUUAAAUAUUAUAGUGAAUGGUUUACUUAUAUUAGGAAUAACCAGAAUUAUUAUUGGCUAUUAGAAUAUUUAAAACCAAUUAUAUUUUUAAUGGGUUCAAUUUUUGAUCAAAGAGAUCAAUACCCUGAUUUAAUAUAUUUUGCCAAGAUCCCAGUUUUCAAAUUCUUUCAAGAAGUUUCAUAUUUACCAUCUUCGUCAAUUGAAUCAGAUAUGCAAAUAUUUAAGGACCUAGAUGAAAAAUAUUUACAUGUAUCAAUAGAAAAUGAAUUUAUUAAUGAUUAUUUAUCAUUUAUUAAUCCAGACUAUUUGUACAGGUUCUACAGAUCAAUUAUAGAUAAUUAUGUUGUUUUGACUGCAACACAAUUACUAAUUUUUAGAAAUUUGAUUUCAAGUAAGAGUACAUUUGAAUUAAUCCAAAAUAAAUUGGACGCAGAAUCAAUACUUUCAUUACCUUAUUUAGAGCAAAUGGUUCUUUUAGAGAAAAUGACAAAAUAUGAAUAUUCAAUAAACUACUUGAUUUACCAAUUGCCGAAGGUUAUGACAAAUUUAAUUGACAAUAAUGAUAAUCAUAUAAAAGAGCCAGAAACUGUACAAUUAAGAAGUGAAAUUAUAGAUGCUUUGAUAAAAUUGUCCCCUGAAGUUUUAAAUGUUUGGUAUAAACCAUUAAAGGCUGAAUAUGUUAAGGUUUGUAAUAAUGUCGAUACAAAUAGAGUAGAACAACCAAUUGUUGCAAGUUCUUUUAGUCAAUAA